UGAGGACUGAUAAAAGUUAUUUAUAUUUACCAAUUUUUCACCGAUUUUGAAAAAUUAAAAAUUGAUCGAUUACUCGUGUUUUAAACAGUUUUGCUGUCGAAAAGUUACAUUCGAAAUUGAGACCCUAUUCCAUCAAUUGUAAAUAUAAUGUAAUUCAUAGUGAAUAUUUUCUUUUACUGUUGCUUUCUUUCUUGAACUUUCAACAUGUACCAUGAUCUCCUACUAAACAUCAUUGUUUAAAAGACCCCCAACAUGGAUUUUUUACUUUUCGAACUUGAUUAGGGAUGACUCGUACUUGAUAUGGCGUUCCUUGAAAGAGCAUUUCUUUUUUUGACAAUUAGUUUAAUUCGAAAUCACGUAUCAUGCAGUGUUGACGGAUACGACAGCGUGAUCAAAUGCGAAUUUUACGAUGAAAAAGUUUGUAUGGAUCCGGAGAAUAAUUGUAGUUCUACUAUAAGUGACGAUCUCGAGGAAGAUAAUGCAGAAGGCGAAAAAAUCAACGAAUGCGAACCGGGCAAAGAAAAUUAUUGCUUCGCACUGUGGUCGAACGACUCUCAUGGACGAAUUACCGUUAAAAAGAAGGGCUGUUUUUCUGAAAACACAAAUUGCGAUAGCAAAUCAAAAUGUAUCGGGCACCGGAAAAUCGGUAAUUUGAUAUACUGCUGCUGCGACGAAGACCUGUGUAAUACCGAGUUCUAUCUCGAGCCCGCUUCCCUUGAAGUAGAGGAGCCCAGUGAAUAUGAAAGUGCUUCUGAAUCAGUUUCAUUCGUGACUCUGAUACUUGUGAUAUUAACGUGUUCAGCAAUAUUUUCAUUGUCAUUUUAUUAUAUUAGAAAACGUAAACUAUGUUAUUUCAAGGAAAACCAACGUUUCGAUGAAAGGUCUCAGACAGAUUCGUCUCCUUCUCUAGAAAAACUACUACCGAUAGAAUUACUAACGGUGAAAGCCCAGGGUAGAUUUGGAGAAGUAUGGAAAGCUAUGUAUAAAGCCAAAAAUGAACUAGUUGCUGUCAAAAUGGUCCCACCUCAGUUCAAACAAUCAUGGACUACUGAGCUGGAGGUAUUCAACGCAUUGCAAUCGGGUCACGAGAACAUACUGCAGUUUUACGGAGCUGAAAAACAUUACGACGGUCCUCAACUUAAAUACUGGUUGAUUACAGCUUAUCACGAAAGAGGUUCUUUAUACGAGCACUUGAAAAAUAACACCGUAACCUACGAACAAGCGUGCUCCAUCUCAUACACCAUGGCUAGAGGUCUGGACUAUCUGCACGACGAGAUUAUUGCCAAAUUACCCGAAUGUUCUAAACCUCCAAUGGCUCAUCGUGAUUUCAAAAGUAACAAUGUUCUUUUGAAGGAUGAUUUCAACGCCUGCAUUGCUGAUUUUGGUUUGGCGAUUAUUUUCAAAAAUAGUAAUUUCGACGACAGCAAUCAUGGACAGGUUGGUACGACGCGUUAUAUGGCCCCGGAAGUAUUAGAAGGAUCGAUUAACUUCUCAACAUCGUCUUUUCAACGUAUAGACAUGUACGCUUGUGGAUUAGUUUUAUGGGAAAUCUUAUCGCGAUGUACAGCUCACGAGGAUGCCACCGCCAAAUACAAAUUACCUUUCGAACAAGAACUAGGUGAACAUCCGACCGUCAAUCAAAUGUACGAAUUAGUAGUUAAUCAGAAAAAACGUCCCGAAAUUAAAGAAUCCUGGGUUAAUCAUCCGCUUUUAUCGGGAAUUUGUGAGACCAUCGAAGAAUGUUGGGAUGCCGAAUCAGAGGCUAGAAUCACAGCGUCGUGUGUAGCCGAGCGAUUUCAUUCGCAUUUACGUUCGACUAUUAAAUGCGAAACUGAAACUAAACUUUUACAUAAUAUCGUAUAGUUAAUUAUUGUUUUUAAAUAUGUUUUUUAAAACCCUCGACCAUGCAUGUGUUACCUUUUAACACAAUUUUUUUAAUGCCUUUAUUGCCAUAUAUUUUAACAAAAUCCAAAUCAGUAUUAGAUCAUCACGUAAUAUUGCUAAUGAACAAUUGGACCUUAAUGUUGGUUCUAGUGAUAUUUAAAAAGUAAAACCGUUAUCAAGUAUUUUGAACCGAAGACAAUUCUAUGUAGUAAUUGUCCACCAGCUUAGUAAUAAUUCCUCGCAAUCUAAGGAUAUUUUUCAUCUUUACGAAAUAUGAAGCCGAUGAAGGCGGGUUCUGAUGAAAAGUAUCCUUAAAUCAGGGUAUCCUCUCUAUGAACUUUCCACUGUCUACGUAAACGUCUUCGAAAUGUAAUUCAUUGUUGAAGAGCUGUACUUAAUACGUUUUCGAAUGUUUUUUUACGACUAUUUUAUAUAAGUUUAUUUUUUAGUAAAUAUUACGUAGUUAGUUUCGUAAUUGAAGUAAUCUGGCUCGUGUGUAUUGUUCAUCUAAUUAAACGAGUAUUGUAAAGAUGUUUUCAUACUCGAAGUAAUGCUGUCGAAUGAAAAACCAAAAUUGAUCCACGUUGAAUAAUUUCUGCAACUCAAAAAGUGAACGAAUGUUACGAGUAUUUUCAUUUAGAAUCUACGUUUAAUUGCCCAUUUUCUUGAUAAUUUUUCUGUUAAUUUAAUGCAUUUCAGCAUUGAUAAAAGUUACCUAUUAGAUACCUAUUUUGUUAUGGACAUUUUCAUAAAAAAUUUUUUUGCACGAAUUGAGUUCGUUUUAGUUCACACUUGGAGUAUUUGAACAAAUGAAAAAGUAUGAUUACUUUGAGGUUUUUUUUCAAUCUUUUAAUUUUUUAAACAUAGUUUUAUUAUAUUUAACAUUUAUUCUAUAUUGUAUUUUACCCAAUUUUACUCAGAAACAUUUUGAAACAAAUAUUUUAACGUUUUCUAUUUUUUAAAUGUACAAAUUUUAUAUGAAACAUUUGUAUGGAAACUCGAUAAAUAAUCAUGAUUUUUUUAUA